AUGAUAUACAGAAACAAACGAAACAACCAUCGUCUAUCCGAGUCGUCAUUGACGAUCGUCAUUAAGGUUGGAACAACCUCUAUCUGCGAUGAGAAGACCCAUUUCCCUGUUCUCUCGAAUUUGUCCUCGAUCGUCGAGACUGUUUUAAAACUGAAGUCUCUUGGUCACCGGGUUGUUCUGGUUACGAGUGCUGCCGUAGGUACUGGCCUACGAAGACUCAAUAUGGAAGAAAGACCUAAAACUAUGGCCGCUUUACAGGCAGUGGCUGCUGUAGGGCAAGGGCGGUUGAUACGACUCUACGACGAUCUAUUUGGACAAUUCCAUCAACCUGUGGCCCAGAUCCUUUUAACGAAAAAUGAUUUGUCAGAUAGAGGCCAAUAUUUGAAUGCCGUGGGUUGUUUGGAAGAAAUCCUGGACAUGGGCGUUAUUCCUAUAGUCAAUGAAAAUGAUACGAUUUGCCCUUCAGAAAUCCGCUUUGGUGAUAAUGACACUCUAUCUGCCAUUGUUGCUGGUAUGCUUAAGGCAGACUACCUGUACCUUUUGACCGAUGUUGAUUGCCUGUAUACGGAUAAUCCCCGCACAAAUCCUGAAGCAAAACCUGUAUCUAUUUGCCGUGAUAUCCUUGUAUUGAAACAGCAGGUAUGCGUGACAUCGCGUGGAUCUUCGUUGGGUACCGGUGGCAUGUCGACCAAGUUAAUUGCAGCUGAUCUUGCAACAGCGGCUGGUGUACGCACCGUCAUCACUCAUGGAGCUCACCCACAAAACAUCCUUUCAAUUAUCGAAGCCGACGAUGCAGGGCAAUUAAUUCCAGACGUACAGACCCCUGUGGUGACUGAUGAUAAUUUCAGCGCACGCGGCUUGCCACUUCAUACGCUAUUUACGGCAAAGAACAAUCCAUUGAUUGAUCGUAAAUGGUGGAUAUUACAUGGGUUACAUACGGCAGGAAGAGUCUAUGUAGAUGAAGGAGCUGUUAAAGCAAUCACUUCCGAGUUGCGAUCAAGCCUAUUUGCUGCAGGAAUCAUACAAGUCGAAGGCCAUUUUUCGGACCACCAGGCUAUAGAAGUUUACGGGAGAAAGACAGUAUCAGGAGAACAGCGAGAGGUUCUUGUUGCGAAGGGACUUGUGAAUUAUUCAAGCUCGGAAAUCUCUCGCAUUAAGGGCUGCAAGAGCCAGGACAUACCUGAUAUCUUAGGAUUUAUGGAUGCUGAAUGUGUUAUUCAUCGAGACAAUCUUGUUAGAGUCUUGAAGGUUGCAGAGUCAUGGUGA